GGGGACGGUGCAAUGGUUUCAGUCAGGAGUGGGGUGGGGGGGGUGUUGGAGAAUGUCAGCCCCACCCCUACCAGCUUCCCGUCAGGGCAGGCAGGAAGGCCCGACACGGAGAGGCAGGGGUUAAAAACCUGAAUAGGAGAGGUGCUGAGGUGCGAGAAGCCUCCAUGUUCAGAGGCAGUCUACCUCUAAGCAUUGUGGGGUGGGGUGGGGCGGCCGGUCACCUUUGUCCCCUUCUUUGGAGUCCCUCCUCCCCCGGGGCAUUUGGCGUGCCAACUGUUGUUAAGCAGCGGGGGGAGGGGUUGCGUGUUGCCUGAUAGAAAAAAAAUAGAAAUAGAGGUAAUCUUCCUCUGAAAUACUUAGAUGUAGGAGUCAAACGAGAAGCGUGAAGGUGGCAGUGCUGCCUUCCUGGAAUGAUCAGGCUGGUUAGAACAAGGUGCUGGAACAACAUACAGUAUUUAAGUAAGAUGGUACCUGUGGUUGCUUUCAGAAACAGGAUAUUGAACUACGCGGACAUUUGGCCAGAUCCAGCAGCACCCAUAGGAUUUUAAGAGCAGGAACGGUUGGGUGGCUAGGUGACUAGAUGUGGCUAAGGACAAACCUUCUGCAGUAAAACAACAACAAGAAAGCAAUGUGGGUUUGCACAAGUUGUAAGGCUAUAGCAUCGGGGCAGCUGAGGACCACAGUGACAGAAAAAGCACUGUGUAUCAGAGCGAGCUGAUAAUGGCACAGUGCUGAAGCUGGUGGGGCAAACUUCCACUGGCGAAAAUUGCUUCUUUUUGAACUGUAGGGUUGGAAGGGACCCAGAGUGCCAUCUGGUCCAAACCCCUGCAAUACAGGAAUCUCAACUAGAGCAUGCAUAACAGAUGGCCAUCCAGCCACUGCUUAAAAACCUCCCAGGACAGAGAGUCCACCACCUCCCGAGGUAGUCUGUUUCACUGUCGAGCAGCUCUUACUGUCAGAAAGUUCUUGCUGAUGUUUAGCUUGAGAUAGUCAAAACUUUCAUUUUACAAUACGUGUAGCCCAAAAGAACACAUUUGCCUUUUGAGAAAGAAGGCAAUUCCUGUCUCCCAUUUGCACUCACCAUUGCGCCCAGUAGGUGGUUGUGGUAAGCAGAGGUUGAAUGGCCAUCUGUCAUGGAUGCUUUAGUUGAGACUCCUGCAUGGCAAGGGGUUAGUCUAGAUGACCCUCGGGUCCCUUCCAGUUCUACAGUUCUUUGAUUCUCUGAUUAAUUGGGAGAAGACUUAAACUUGACACUUCUGGCACUGGCAUAGCUUGAUUAUGUUAGGUUUUUUUAAAAAAAAAAAGGUAAAAACCCUCUGAUAGUCAUUAGUUUUGUCAAUUUUGAGGUUUGGAGAGGGCUGGUUAUGAGAUUACUUAUUGUUGAUCUAUUGUCUCACAAACCUGUUUCAGAUAACAGGCUCAUAUUCCUGCUUUUUACACAGCAUAGACUUUAGAUUUUAAAAAUGGUGACUCGUUCAAGGACACACGUUGCAUGUCCUUGGCUGAUCUGAAAAAAGCUCUUCUAGGUGUGAAGCCAGUCCCAACUGGCUUAGGCACUCCGCUCUGGAUUUGUAUAGGGUUUACUCCUUUUUCUUCUGAAGAUGUCCUGCAAAGCAAUGGAGGUUUAGGAUCAGAGUAUUCCGUCUACCUUCUAAGGUUGAUAAGCCCUAUCAGUUUCCGCUGCAGCAUGUGCAAAAACUGCUUUCUUUAUCUAUAUUGGUCUUGUCUGCUCAGUCCAUUGGAAGCCUGUCAUUGCGUGCAGGGAAAGUUCCUAACUCACCAAGGGUUUGAGACCCAUUGGCUACUCUCACCUGGUUUAGCCAGCCAGUCAAAGCCAUUUCCCAGGGUGUGGCUGCUGACACAUGCCGACAGCUUCUAGGAGCCACAGGUGAGAGAUUAGUACAGGGUGGGGACCAAAGGUGGACAAACAACCCCAGAAGAAGCACAAUGUGUCCCCCACCAGAGAAAACCCUAUGCAGUGAAAUACAUGGACAUGUGAUGUUUCUCCUCUGAAAACAUGGAGUGGGUUCUCCUGAAUGCCAUCUGCUGAAAUUCACAUCUAUUAAUCUAGGGAGAGCUGAUGCUGAGACCGGUAAGUAACCCCUUGAAAUAGGCUUACAGUGGACUGUAAAUGUAUUCUGCUUGGUUAGUCCCAAGGUGUUCUCAUUUAUGUGUCUUUUUGACUACUGUGGUUCAUAAUUGUCAAAUUUUAAAAUAUGCACACAACCCCAAAGGGAACCUCUUGUUCCAAGGAUCAAGUAACGCAUUAUGUAAAAAUUCUCUGCCUAGGUGGGCAAGUAGCCUAACUAGGUAAAAAGGAACUUCCUAUGUUUCAUCCCUGAGCGAGGCUGAUGGGAACGUACAGCAGUGAGUGAGUUGAUAACCUUUGUUGAAUGGGUUUGUUUGGCUCACAGGCAGGGGCCAACAGAUCUUUGAUUAGCCAGAACCUGUGGUUGCCAGGAUCCUUCCUUUCCUCCAGUGCGGCGGCAAAAAGAGUCUUAUAUCUAGCAUCAUACAGAGUUUCAGGACACCUCUGGGGUGCAGCAUAAUCUUAAGAGGACAUCUCCCAGCCAGCUCCAAACUUUGAAGGAGAGCUUGAUUUUUGUCUGUCUGCUGCAUUCUUGAACUGCUUGGAACGCCUCCCAAGCGCUUCCCAGAGGUGAGGGAGACACUUGCCAGCACAUGUGUGUUUGUGCACCCAUGGCCGCUUGUCAUUUACAUCUCACAUUUCCUUUAUUUCUUACAGUAUGCAGCUGGGGGAAUUCCUGACAGCCAAUCCCAAAAGGACAGAACGGCUGCUUACUUGUGUUUUUCCAAAUGCUCUCGCUUAAGUAGGAGAAUGGAUCCUGAUAUUCGCUGCUGCAAAGUGUAAUUUGGUUUUGUUUGUGUGUCUCCCACCCCCAAAUGCUAGAGUUUCAGGAAGGGACCAUGGAUCUGCCCAGUGGGAGAAGUUUCAUGCAAGUUCUCUGUGAGAAAUACAGCCCCGAAAACUUCCCGUACCGCCGUGGUCCUGGAAUGGGUGUUCAUGUCCCAGCUACACUUCAGGGCUCACCUAUGAAAGAUCGUCUCAACCUCCCAAGUGUGCUGGUGUUGAACAGCUGUGGAAUAACCUGUGCAGGGGAUGAGAAUGAGAUCGCUGCCUUCUGUGCUCAUGUGUGCGAACUGGAUCUGUCUGACAACAAACUAGAAGACUGGCAUGAGGUCAGUAAAAUUGUGUCAAACGUCCCCCACCUGGAGUUUCUGAACCUGAGCUCCAACCCUCUGAAUCUGUCGGUCUUAGAGAGGACGUGUGCUGGGUCUUUUGCCGGCAUUCGGAAACUUGUGCUCAACAACAGCAAAGCAUCCUGGGAAACAGUCCAUACGAUACUGCAAGAAUUGCCAGACUUGGAGGAGCUCUUCCUGUGCCUUAACGACUAUAAAACGGUGUCUUGUUCCCCAGUGUGUUGCCACUCUCUCAAGCUUCUCCACAUAACUGACAAUAAUCUCAAAGACUGGACUGAAAUCCGGAAGUUGGGGAUAAUGUUUCCAUCACUGGACACACUGGUUCUGGCCAAUAACUACCUGACAGCCAUUGAAGACUCAGAAGAUUCUCUGGCAAGGCUGUUUCCAAACUUGCGAUCCAUCAGUCUGCACAAGUCAGGUCUGCAAUGCUGGGGAGACAUCGACAAACUCAAUUCUUUCCCCAAGCUCGAGGAAGUGAGGUUACUGGGCAUUCCUCUCCUUCAGCCAUACACCAAUGAGGAGCGCAGGAAGCUGGUAAUAGCCAGGUUACCAUCUAUCAAUAAGCUGAACGGGAGUGUCAUUUUGGAAGGAGAGCGAGAGGACUCGGAGAGGUUUUUUAUUCGUUACUACGUGGACUUUCCACAAGAGGAAGCCCCUUUCAGGUAUCAUGAGCUAGUGACGAAAUACGGUAAGUUGGAAAAGCUGGCGGUGGUGGACCUGCGGCCCCAGAGCAGCGCCAAGGUCGAGGUUCACUUCAAAGACCAGGUGGAGGAGAUGACCAUACGCCUGGAUCAGACGGUAGCAGAACUAAAGAAACAAUUGAAAGCGUUGGUCCAACUCCCGACCAGCAACAUGCAUGUCACUUACUUUGACCAUGAAGCUCCUUUCGGCCCUGAGGAGAUGAAGUACAACUCGCGGGCUCUGCACUCUUACGGCAUUCGGGAUGGAGAUAAAAUCUUUGUGGACUCCAAAGCCAAAUAGCCCGCCCCCAUCGCCAGGGGGUUCACGGCCACCUCAUGUACGCAAAUUGAGGACUUUCUGGAAGUGGGGGGUUCGUUUCGGUUUGUUGUUUGAGCUUUGGUUUUCUAUACAUACCAGGUAGUUUCUCCAGCAGGCCCAGAUCUGUGAGAGGUGUGCUGCGACCCAGUGCGGCGGCGGCGGCGAAUUGUUAAGAGGAGGUGAUUUGACUUCAAGUGUGUGUGUGGCUUUUCUUUGGUUUCUCCCCAACUGCUCCAGUAUUCCUGUGAACCUAGCAUGAAAGUCUUUCUUCAAAGCUUUAAGAGGGUUCUUGCAGUCACUCAAGUCAGGGAGCUCGCACUUUCAGGCCAUACACGGGGUACGUGUUGAAAAGGUUUUGUGUGGCUCAGUAGCCGGGCUCCAAUUACAAGCGGCAGAAUUGGUGCCCCUUCACCUGGGUGGCCUCUCAAUCUCUUUGUUUCCUGAGGGUUAGGUUGGAAGGGGGAUGUUCUAUAAGCAGUGUUUUACUAGACUUUGGUCUACUGGAUAUCCAGUGCCCUUCUGGAUUUCACUUAAGCUGAAGGAGAUCAAAACUUUGACAGGGGUUGACGUGUGUGUGUGUGUGUGUGUGCGCACACUGCAGCUUUCAGGUCACUGCUAAAUCACAAUCACUUGCAUAACCUUUUUGGCUUGCUGACUCUCAAGGGUGUCGCAGGGGCCAAACUCAGUGCAGAUAGUGCUGGACAUUUAAAUGGGAGCCUCUUCGUCUCAUGGGCAAGUUCAUGUUGGUCACCCGGUCAUAUGUUUGAUCUGUUUCAUGAAGGCUCGCUCUCUUCACUGCUGAGAUACCCCUCUCAGCUUGCAAGCAGCUCUUAACGGACUGUCACCAUCCUCAAUGUGGCUGAAGAACCCUAAAACCCUUGCUUUUUUCUUUUUUUUAAAAAAAGCAUUCUUUGAUCAUACCCUUCUUCCAAGGAGCUGCGGGUGAGGUACAUGCUUCUCCCCUCCCCCAUUUUUUUUUCUUUUUUUUGUUUUAUAAUAACCCUGUGAGAGAAAAUGACUCUCAAGGUCACCCAAGGAGUUUUACAGCUAACUGGCAAUCUGAACCUGGGUCUCAAAUCCAAGUCCUAUGCUAAGCUUCUACACCGCAGUGGAAACCAAAGGCCGGGCCUUCCUCCCCGUCCAGCGUUUGCUGAUAAAUUAGCACUUUUUUGAAGCCAACGCAGAAAUACAACAGAUGUACAGGUCCUCUGAGGUCACUGGGGUCCUGUCUCUGCAUGAGUCGGUUUUCUAGACUUGCCUUUUACCACUUGAAAGGUGUAUUGGAGUGGUGAGUUUUGCGGGGCCACCACAGAUGAGCUCCUCUUACACCCCAUGGAAGCAAACCCCCCCCCAAAAAAAAAUUCUUGUGGGUGCACCAUUUACUGAGGAGUAUACGAAAUUGUCAUAAAGAGUAAAAGGCCGACCCCUGUUCUUGGAGAUGUCUUCUACCCACUUUCAUGUAGCUCAAUAUAAUUGAUUCUUAUGAUUCUUAUGGCGGGGGGGGGAGAGAAUUCAUUUAUUAUUAUUAUUAUUGAAGAAUGCUUGCUUUGUAAAUCAGGCAGGGCUCUCUCCCACAGCAGUGCCCUUCCAUGCUCAUCUGUCAGCUUGACAAGUUGAGAAUCAACUGAGAAUCGCUCAGUUUUACACAUGUACAUUUAAAGGAGGGGAGGGAGGAAGUGGGCUUCCCAGCAACCCCCCCCCCUAGCAGUGCCGCUAAGCUCUUGUUACCCAUAAACUUUUGACCUUCCUUCCUUAGCUUCUCAUGCAAGGUUUCUUUCCCAUAAUGCCUCUGUUCUCUUGUGGGAGUGCUUCUUUUUUAUAUACGUACAUCUAUCCAAGAGUUUGUGCAUUUUCUUCUCCUGCGGUGUGCAAAACAAAACAAAAUCCCAGUAAUCUUAUUUUUAUUUUUAUUUAUGGUAAAAGUCCUUGCCUGGACGCCAAGCGUAGAAAAGAGGGCAGGAUUUUUAAAAAUUACAAAUCUCCCCUCCUAUGACCAUAUAAAGAUGAGCAAUAUAGAGCAAACCAAGGCUUGCAUGUGGAAUGUGGUAGUCCAUUCUCUUUUAUUUCACUGACUCCAGUAAGAAAUAAUUGCCUAUGUAUUAUGUGGAGUCAUUCCAGGACAUUGUGUUGAUGAACUGGCACUGGGCUUUCUAAGCUGAGACAGAGCUGAGGUUCUUUCCUGUCCAUUUGGGUAGCAAAGCUUCAAACCAACGCUUUGUUUAUGGUGUGUGUGUGGGUAUAUGUAUGUAUCUAUCUAUGUAUGUAUAUUUACACAUAACGGGAAAUGGCAAUGUUAAUAAGAUAUUUUAUUAUAAAGCAAAGUUUUAUUGAAAGAUAAGGUUGUGUAAUAAUAUUAGAUUAUUAUUUUAUCUGUGGACCUACUGUAUGAAGUAUGUUAGCCCCGUAAUCUGGGCCUCUGAAAGACUUUAGACUGUAAAGAAGUGGCCAUUUGGGUUGUGCAGAACAGUAUUUCCCACCUUCCUCCUGCCCAUCUCCAAGCCCAAUAUUUAUACAGUAGUAACAGGAGUUUAAUGAAAUAUUUGUAACUGGUGGACAUCCGACUGCACAGGUGUCUGUGUCUUAGAAGGAAACAUUCCACAUAUUAAAAGUUUAUGAAGGGA